GAGGACCAAUCUGAAUCCAACAUGGCGGCGGCCAUACGCGUGUGUUGUGCCCUACGCUUCACGAUCGGAGGUGCGACUCCCCUUGGUGCCCUAGGUGGCGCUGUUCAUGGGUCCCAGCUGGCCGGUGGAGCCUGGGCUACUGCCGCUGCUUCCCUGCAAAGAAACGCUGUACCUCCUCUCGUCCAUGCGACUGCUUGGCAGCAAAGUAGACACGGCAGCUUCUUCAACAAGUUGACUGCUGAAGAGCUGUGGAAAGGCGUGCUGGCGGAGACGGGAGCCGGAAACAGGAAGGGUAGAGGAAAGCGAGCCAAACGCAAACUGAGAAGAGAUCUGAACCGAGGCCAGAUCAUCGGAGAAGGUCAUGGAGGCUUUCUGUGGCCCGGUCUGAACGUGCCACUGUUGAAAGACGGCACCGUACAGAGCAUGAGCCGCAGAGGCGACGCCGAGCAGCAGGAAGUGAAAGCUGAACUUGUGCGCCAGCGGGACGAGUGGGAGAAGAGGAGGAAAAUGAAGGUGAAGCGGGAAGGAGGGUGGACGGGGAAAUCUUGGGGGGGAAUCAGUCUGGGGGCCCCCGAUCCGGGACCCAAUGGAGAAACCUAUGAAGACUUUGAUUCACGUGUCAUUGAGCUGAAGAGUGUGAGCUGCAUGACAGCGAAGGAGGGCAGGAAGAGGUCCAUCAGCUGUCUGGUGGCUGUGGGAAACGGCAAGGGAACCGCAGGCUUCGCAUUGGCGAAGGCGCCAGACAGAAAAACAGCUCUCAGGAAGGCAAAAAAUCGAGCCAUUCACUACUUGUACUAUAUAGAGAGAUACAACGACCACACCAUUUAUCAUGACAUUGAAACCAACUUCAAAAGGUCAGGCCUUCGCAUGAAGAAACAGAACGAAGGCUACGGUCUGCGCUGCCACCGUGCCAUCAUCACCAUGUGUAAACUGAUUGGCAUCAAGGACAUGUACUGUAAAGUGGAAGGACCGACCAACCUUCUCAACAUGACCAAGGCUUUCUUCUCCGGGCUGGCCAAUCAGGAAACCCACCAGAAGCUGGCAGACAAGAAGCAGCUCCAUGUGGUGGAGUUCCGCCAGGAGCGCGGCCCACUGCCAGUGGUGGUGGCCAGCCCCAAGAUGGGCGCACGGGCCAACCCAGAGCCCGAGGACGAGAUUCUCAACACCCGUUUGAACUGGGACGACGUCCGAGCCUCGCAGGGGUUCAAACGCUCCAUCUGGGCGGGUGUGAAACGCACCAUGUGGUAGAGCGGUGGUGGAUAGCGCAACACAUCAUGAAGGAUGAGUUAACUUACAGUGGGGAACAUCAUGAUUUUGUCUCAUUUUUACCAAGCAGGCUUGUCUUUUUGUCUCUUCUCAUCACAUGUUUGACUCCAAAACCCAUUCAUGUAGUAAUGUCUUUUUGCAUUUGCUCACACGGCUCAGUGUGUGGAUUAAAACAAAUCAUUUACUUAAAAAU